UUGUUGGUUGUUAGGAGUGAUUAUAAAUAUUAAAGUUAAACACUUGCAGUGUGAGGAAAAGUUCUGAAACGUGUGAGGCGAGAAAAGAAAAAAUAGAACAGCGGGGAAUGUAGCCGCUCACUUUUUCCGUUGAGGUUAGCUCGCAGUAGAGACUGGACAGUAGCGAGAGGAAUUAGCAGCUCGCUAGCUAUGCAGAGUCUCGGGUCGUUUAAUGCUAACUAGCCGGUUAGCAAGAACACAGAGUCCUGUGCGCUUUGGGUGAACCUGCAUUACUGUAGCUGUUGUUUUGAGAAAUAUUAAUUCUGAUAGUUGACUGCAAACCGGCGAAGUUGUCGAACUAGCGUGCUAGUAACCGAGCCAACAUUGACGCUAACGCUAGCUUCACCACCCUUGUCCAACACGUUUAGGCAUUUUACCAGCUGGACCGGAUAAGUUGACGGUUGAGGACUAUGUCUUCAGCAGCCACCGCGCCCCCAUCUGCGGAUAGGGUGGACGGCUUCUCAAGAAAGUCAGUCCGAAAAGCCAAGCAAAAACGAUCACAGAGCUCAUCCCAGUUCAGAUCUCAGGACAAACCCGUUGAGCUAGUGCAGCUGCCCCUGCUAAAAGAUGUGUCUGUCCAGGAGCAGCCAGAGUUGUUUUUGAAAAAGCUGCAGCAAUGCUGUACUCUCUUUGACUUUAUGGACACACUCUCUGACCUCAAGAUGAAGGAAUACAAGCGCUCCUCUCUGAAUGAGCUUGUGGAUUAUGUCACGGGUAGCCGGGGCUACCUCACUGAACAGACAUACCCGGAAGUUGUCAAAAUGGUGUCCUGCAACAUGUUCAGAACACUUCCGCCCAGUGACAGUAACGAGUUUGAUCCAGAGGAGGAUGAGCCCACGCUAGAGGCCUCAUGGCCACACUUACAGCUCGUCUAUGAGUUCUUCAUUCGCUUUUUGGAGAGUCAGGAGUUUCAGCCCAGCAUUGCCAAAAAAUACAUUGACCAGAAAUUUGUACUACAGCUUCUAGAGCUGUUUGACAGUGAGGACCCCCGUGAAAGGGACUGUCUAAAGACUGUCCUGCACAGAAUCUAUGGCAAGUUUCUUGGUCUCAGGGCCUUUAUCCGCAAACAGAUCAACAACAUUUUUCUUGGAUUUGUGUAUGAAACAGAGCACUUCAACGGAGUGGCUGAGCUGCUGGAGAUACUGGGAAGUAUCAUCAAUGGAUUUGCACUUCCUCUAAAAGCUGAACAUAAGCAGUUCCUGGUAAAAGUCUUACUGCCUCUGCAUUCAGCAAAGAGCCUUUCCCUCUUCCAUGCACAGUUGGCUUACUGUAUUGUGCAGUUCUUAGAGAAAGACCCCACGCUAACAGAACCUGUGAUAAGAGGCUUGUUAAAGUUCUGGCCAAAAACCUGCAGUCAAAAAGAGGUAAUGUUUCUUGGUGAGCUGGAGGAAAUUCUUGACGUGAUUGAACCCACACAGUUCGUGAAGGUCCUGGAACCUCUGUUCAAGCAAAUUUCAAGAUGUGUAUCCAGCCCUCACUUUCAGGUGGCUGAGCGAGCCUUGUACUACUGGAACAAUGAAUACAUCAUGAGUCUGAUAGAGGAGAACUCCAAUGUCAUUUUGCCAAUCAUGUUUGCCAGUCUCUACAGGAUCUCCAAAGACCACUGGAAUCCAGCAAUAUCUGCUUUAAUCUACAAUGUGCUUAAAGCAUUCAUGGAGAUGAACAGCGCGCUGUUUGACGAACUUGCUGCAACUUACAAAUCAGAUCGUCAGAGGGAAAAGAAGAAGGAGAAGGAGCGGGAGGACCUGUGGCGAAAGCUGGAAGAGCUGGAGCUGAGGCGGGGAGUGGAGAACAGUGACGGCAUCAUUCCUACCUAAAGUGGGUGUGGCCCCCCCACCUCAACACCUGGCUCCAACCAAUGGUUCUGAUUUCUGUCACAGGGACUUCAAAUCCUCGGGCUGCAUACUUUACUGUACACUCCUAUAUUCAUUUAGCCCCCCCUUCUCCCAAUGACACUGUAAAAUGCCCUUCCAUUCUAGUUUCUUUUUAUAAGAAUAUUUUGCUGAAAGAAUAGACAAUAAAGCUGAAAAGGACAACAGGAGAUGUGUACUGUAGGGAAAAAGACUAUACAAUAUCCAUGCUGUUUCAAAAUCCCACAUAAUCAACCUUGGGAUGCAUUUUGAAAGGUUUUUCUAAGAAGAGGAGUAUCGUUGUCUUAAUGACGCCCCGUAGUGCAAUGAUUGUCUGUGUCGUGUCAUUCAGUCUUGUGACACCUUCCUUCUUUGUCCCAGUCCUUUUUUACAUAAAACUUUUUCAGGGAAGGACUUGAUGGCACAUGAUAUGUGUUUUUAAAAGGUGCGGCUACUGUACCCUAGACUUAACACAGACAAUAGCCAAACAAGCAAGGGUGCGGAGAAAAAAAAGCUCUCCCCUGUUUUUUUGAUGCGUGUUCAGUUGCCAGUCUGGCAUUGGUACCCUUAAUAAGCUUUAAAAGCGUCAGGAAUUCGUUGGCUCCAGCCUUUGACGUUAUCUCACAGAAGUAUUUUUUUCUGUAACAGUACUUCCUUUGCUUAUCAAGAACUAUGCUGCAAUUCAAGAAUGUCUUCAGAGAUGACAUUUUUUCACACCCUGGACUUUGUUUUACCUUUCCUGUAAUGCAGUGUUCAGAACUUGAUUCAGUGUUUUUAAGUGAUUUGUUUUAACUUCUUACCUUCAAACUUUUAGCCAUGAGCAACUUUGUCUCCUGCUCUUAUUUUUGGUUGGUUGGAUGCCUAAUGAUUUAGGUAGAGCUAGAUGAAUUUCCAAAAUUUCCAAAAGAUUUUGCAGGAGGAAAACCUGUAUAUACAGCCUUUAAAAAAAAAUGCUGAUACAGGUCUUACUUCUACUCAGAAAUAUGAGUCGGGAUGGCGGGUUAAGAUGAAAGCACUUCGAAUUAGUUAAUUUGUUGUGUUCACAGGACUCGAUAUCCGUUUGUUUUUAUUUUGUCUUAUUUUAAAUCCAAAUCAUGGGUGUGGAUUUUACAUAUAAGGAAGGUGUAUUUUUUAGGCCUGAUGUUUCUCUUUCUCUGUGGGCCUUUUCCUUUCCCUUUCAUCAAUAUUGUGUUUUUUUUAAUGGCCCAACUGUUUGUUGAAAUCCAAAAGAAAGGGUUUUAUGAAUAGAAUAAAUCUUAAUUAUUUUAAAAAAUACAGAGCUAUUAAAUAAACUUGUUUUGUGAUAAAA